AUGUCUGGCUAUGAUGGACCGGGUCAAGCAGGGCUCAUAAAGUUUGAACCUCCUGCCAUCGACAAUCAGGUGUUCUACGGUAGUUUUCCUCCCACUCCGUAUGAUCAUCACCCUCUUCUCCAACCUGGAAACCCACAGGAAGCCGACUUCCAGUACAUAGCUGGAAACGACUAUAUCUCCGAGAAGAGCUUUCCUGGCAAUGGCCCUUGUGCGGAGUCUAGAGAUGUGAAAGAUGGGGACGUGAGAGUGGCCAAUGCGCAUCACCAGCGCAUCCCCUCAUCUCAGAGUAUUCAAACUCUCCCCCGCAAACGCAAGGCUUCGACUGAGGACGAGUACGAUCUACCAGCCCAGAAGAGAGCAGUCCUUGCCCAAGUUCACGUCCAGGACCCCAACGGUGACUACUACGACAUUAGCGGUCAAACAUCCCCUUAUUCUCCAUUCGUGCCGACCCCUACUGGCAGCGCCGGCAUUCCUAGCUGCGUUAGCCAUGGCGCGUCUCCCAGACCCUCUGGUCAUCACUAUUCAACUUCAACUGCAUCUCAGGUGUCGUUGGCUGCUCCUUCUCCAAACACGCCUGCUUUCAGUCCAUCCUUCACCACUGUCAAGAGUGAGCAGAGCCCUGCUGCGCCCAUGACUCCCAUUCCCCGUCCAACCACAAGUUCUCCUUUGAAGUCGUCAGUGCCCAAGCUGGUGCGGACCUCGACCAUGCAGCCCUCACCAACAGCUUCUUGCUCCACGAUAGCUAUUGGACAAACGCAGACCUUCAAUCCAUAUACGUUGUCCAACCUCAAGGCUAAUCUCAAGCUGAAAGGAGACUUGGACAGUAUGAAAGAAGACUGGACUGCAGAAGAGAAGGACGCUCGUCGGCGUCUCGUCGUGUUCGAACGAGAACAGUCUGGCAGCACUAUUACGGCGAGCUUCAAACCAGUCACUCCCCAGGAUCGCCAGGCCAGCAGCAUUUGCAUCAGCUGUAUCUGGUGGAAAGAGAAGAACGAGUUCUAUGUCACCUCGGUUGACACCAUUUAUCUUCUCGAAGCCCUGGUCGGGGUUCGUUUCACUGUUGAGGAGAAGAACCGAAUUCGUCGCAACCUCGAAGGCUUCCGCCCUUUGACUGUUUCCAAGGCUCGACAGGACAGCGAGGAAUUCUUCAAGGUUAUCAUGGGCUUCCCUCACCCAAAGCCACGCAACAUCGAGAAAGAUGUCAAGGUGUUUCCGUGGAAGAUUCUGGCCACCGCAUUGAAGAAGAUCAUUUCCAAGUACUCUGCCAGCUAUUCUUCCACUGCGGCACCACUCCUCACACCUGCUUCGUCUAUGUACGGCGGAGAGGGUUUGACCGAAUAUCAAUAUCCAUCUUCGCCCCAUCCAGAAUACAUGGCCCAUGCCGGGUAUCAGAUGAAUGCCGAGAUGGGAUAUCUCCCCCAAGCUGUCCAGAUGCGCGUCCCUGGACCAGUUGUGACUGGACCACCCGAGCUGCAGUUGCAGGUACCUGAGUACGUCCCUGCCUACGACGUCAAUGGCCAGUACAUCUAUCACAACGGAGUUCCCGUCACCCAAGCUAUGAUGAGCAUGCCUGCCCAUCCGAUGACUGCUCCAGCCUCACGCAUGCCUACCUGGGAAUAUGCCAAUUUUGUCAAUGACAGCCCAGUCACCAUGGCGCCGCAAAGUGCACCACCUACCGCCUACCCACGUGGACCCAUGAUUGAAUCAGCCGAGUUCAUCCCCCAUAUGUACUAUCAACAGCACUAA